AUAUGGACAUAUAAAUUCACUCGAAGCGUUCAUGCAAAGCUUAUUACGUAAAUAUUUCUGGAUACGGUCUAUGUAAAUUACAUUAUUUUUUUUGCUAUUGCCUCAAAUCAUACACAAAUAUAAUAAUUUAUUUUCCAACCUAGUAUAUGUAGGCAUGUAAUCUCACAAGUCUAGUGACGUCACAUGCCAUAGAACUUUAAACGCUCACGUAAGAUUGAGAGCAGAGCAAAGAUCUUUGCUGGCAAGCAUUUUACUCGUAAGAUGUUUAUACAAAAUCUGUGAGAUCUGCGCAAGAUCAGCGCAAGCAACUGACUAGCUGCCAGAGGUGCUGACUGACUGACUGACUUACUGACUGUCCGACUGACUAACUAGCUAGUCAGUCAGUCAAGUAGCAGAUCAGCGCAGUAGCAACCAUAACAACAAUAAAUACUUUAGCAAACAGUUGAAUACUUAAUAAACAAAUGAAAAGUUUCGCGACUGCCAGCUGCCAGUGGAACGCUGAAAACGCUCAGUCGUGAAUUGAAUUACGUUAAGAGCGGACAUACUCUAACUAAGCGUACAAAAGCGGUGUGGCAAUUUGGGAAGCGAGCUCGUCGUAAAACGUCAUAUUGAGCUGCUUGUUGAUAUUUGUUUAUGAAAAAUAUACUAUAGAUAGUACGAAAUACCUUGCGCGAAACAACAGCGAAAAAAAAAAUAAUAUCGCAGGUGUUGAAGGUCGAAGCCGAUGACUAAAGUGUGCAGAUGUCGUUGUUGAUGUAAUUGAAAAAACUAAAAAAAAAAAAAUAAAAUAAAUAAAAAAGACUAGCGAGCGUACAUGGAAAUACGCAAUAUUUUCAAGUUCAUUGCAAACAAGUUGACACAUAAAAAAUAAAUUAGCUACAGUUAAAGUGUACAUAUAUACACGAAUCUUAUGUGUAUUUGUACAUAAAAACCGCAACAAAAGGAAAAGUAAAAAAAGGCUGAGUUUUGAAAAGCAGAAUAGAAGAUCAGCGAAAAAUUUGCAAACUAAGCCAAGAGCGCAGAAUUAUUAAGAGGCUUUUUCCCAAAUAUGGCGAAUCCAUUGUUGAAAACCUGCUGCUUCUGUCAAUCGCUACGCAAUGGCUCCAUCAUUUCUGGCCUCCUAGCAAUUACCUUAUCAAUUAUAACGAUAAUCAUUAGUUUGACAUUGCGCAUAGAUUUCAAUACAAUUGAUUUCGAUUGGCUACCAAAGAAUAUUGUUAAAAUAAUAUUAAUAAUAAAUCUUUGUAUGACCAUACUUAUAUCGCUGCUCAUGAUCAUUGGAGUGAUAAAGCGCAAUCACUAUUUAAUGAUGCCAUGGGUCGUUUUGGGCAUUAUGAUCGCAAUCGGUUUGCUUGUAUCGGUGAUAUACACAGCCGUGAAGGUCUUCAUCGACGGUUAUGUACUGACUUGUAUACUGUGGCUUGUUUUUGGUUUAAUUACAACAGCAAUUCUCACCUACUGCUGGUGCGUUGUCUACAGCGAAUACACAGUCUUGUUGCAGGAGAACGAAAGGGGACGCUACAACAAGCAGCUCUAUCGUCGUUAAGAAAGCAGCAGCAGCAAUUAUUGAAGCGAAUAAUCGAAACAAAAAUAAUUAANUUA